AUGCUUUCUAUCUCCAAAGAAGGAGCUCUCAUCUAUAAGCAUGACGGUGAAACGUUACAAAUCGAGGCAUGGGGUGAGAAUGCAGUUCGGGUACGCAGUACACUCUUGUACGAAUUUCCAAAAGAAGAUUGGGCAUUAACAAACAAACCAAAGCUCUCUAGAGAAAGUAUGCUUGCACCGGCAGAUCUUUCGGAAGGACCGGCUCAUUUGACGAAUGGAAAGAUUUCCGUGACUAUCUCUCCGGUUGGAAAGAUGACUAUUAAAAACACAAAGACGAAUGCAAUCUUGCUAGAAGAAUUUGUUCGUCAUCGUCGUGAUGCAACAGAUCCAAAUGUGAGCGCAUUAGAAUUAGAAGCUCGUCAAUUUCGUUCUAUUCCUGGUUCAGAUCAUUUUCACAUCGUUGCAAGAUUUGAAUCACAAAGUAGGAAAGAACAAAUUUAUGGUAUGGGUCAAUAUCAACAAGAUAACCUUAACUUAAAAGGAAGUGAUGUAGAAUUGGCACAACGUAAUUCACAAGCCAGUAUCCCGUUUGCAACCUCAAGUUUAGGGUAUGGCUUGUUAUGGAACAAUCCCUCCAUCGGACGGGCUGUAUUUGGUCAAAAUGUAAUGUCAUUCGAAUCAUUGAGUGCAAAAGCAUUAGAUUAUUGGGUUGUAGCAGGUGAUACACCAGCAGAAAUCCAAGAAGCAUAUGCAAGUGUAACAGGAACAGUUCCAAUGAUGCCCGAAUACGGUUUAGGAUUUUGGCAAUGUAAACUUCGUUAUCAAACCCAAGAAGAAUUGCUCAAUGUCGUACGAAAGCACAAAAAGCUUGGUCUUCCGAUGGAUGUGAUUGUGUGUGACUUUUUCCAUUGGCCCAAACAAGGUGAUUGGAAGUUCGAUCCUACAUAUUGGCCGGAUCCAGAAGCGAUGAUUGCUGAACUCAAAGAGCACAAAGUCGAAUUGAUGGUGAGCAUUUGGCCGACGUUAGACAAAGGAUCUGACAAUUACGAUGCAUUUCGUGAUGCCAACUUGCUGGUCCGUUCCGAGCGUGGCUCACAAAUUCAACAAGAGUUUGAAGGUGAAUGUAGAUAUGCAGACUUUACUUCUCCGGAAACACAAAGAGCAGUCUGGUCAAUCGCAAAGCGUAAUUAUCACGAUAAGGGAAUCAAGACUUUCUGGCUUGAUGAAGCAGAACCUGAAUUCUGUCGAUAUGAUUUGGACAACUACCGUAUGUAUGCCGGAUCUGGACUCUCGGUAGGAAACAGCUACCCGGUAGGCUACUCAAAAGCAUUCUAUGACGGUCAACUUGCUUCAGGUCAACCAGAAGGCUCGAUCAUCAACCUCGUACGAUGUGCUUGGGCAGGUUCGCAGAAGUACGGUGCUUUGGUUUGGAGUGGUGAUAUUGCUUCGUCUUGGUCUUCUUUCCGUAAUCAAUUAGCGGCAGGUUUGAAUAUGGGCUUAUCCGGCAUUCCAUGGUGGACCACCGAUAUCGGAGGUUUCCAUGGCGGUGAUCCACGUGAACCUGCUUUUCGUGAAUUGAUGGUCAGAUGGUUUCAAUGGGGUACUUUUUGUCCUGUGAUGCGUUUACAUGGUAAUCGUGAACCCGUUCAACCGCAACAUGGAACCACGGGAGGAGCAACAUGUCGAAGUGGUGCGGAUAAUGAAGUUUGGAGUUAUGGUGAAGAAGUGUUUAAGAUUUGCAAAAAGUAUUUGUUUUUACGAGAAUACUUGAGACCUUAUACACGAGAACUGAUGCAAAAAGCACACAAGGAUGGUACACCUGUCAUGCGUACGAUGUUUUACGUCUUCCCUCAAGAUGCUUAUUGUUGGUCGAUGGAAUGUGAGCAACAAUACAUGUAUGGUGAUAAAUACCUUGUCGCUCCCGUAUUGGAAGCAGGUCAAGCAGAGACAAAGGUAUACUUACCCAAAGGCCAUCAAUGGAAAAAGGUUGACGCGAGCAAUGUUGAAAGCCAAGGUCAAAUCACUCAUGACUCAGAAGUUUGUCAAGGCGGUCAAACGAUUAGUGUUGCAUCGCCAAUGGAGGAUAUGCCUGUAUUCGAAAGAGUAUAA